AUGAAAGAGCAAAGAGGAUGAGAUGGAGGAGACAAACCAGACAGCCGUGAUGGACUAUGUCCUGCUGGGGCUCCAUGGGCACCAUGACCUAGAGAUGGUCCUGUUUGUGCUUUGCCUGGGCAUCUACUGCAUGAAUCUGCUGGGGAACUCCCUCCUCAUGGUGCUGAUCAUGCUGAACCCCCACCUGCACAACCCCAUGUACUUCUUUCUCAGCAACCUCUCCCUCAUAGACAUCUGUGGCACCUCCUCUUUCACACCUCUCAUGCUCACCAACUUCCUACAAACCAGAAGUACCAUCUCCUUCCCAGCCUCCUGUGUGCUGCAGAUGUUCUUGACCCUUGCUUUGGGUGCUACAGAGUGCCUUCUCCUGGCUGCAAUGGCCUAUGACCGUUAUGUGGCUAUCUGCCACCCACUCAGGUACACAGAGCUCAUGACUGGACAGAUGUGCUGGCAGAUGGCAGUGCUGAGCUGGGGGACAGGCUUUGUCAACUCAUUGCUACAGUCCAUCCUGAUCUGGCGCCUCCCCUUCUGUGGCCACAAUGUCAUCAACCACUUCUUCUGUGAGAUCUUAGCAGUGCUGAAACUUGCCUGUGGGGGCAUCUCCCUUAAUGCCCUGGUAUUGAUGGUGGCUACAACCAUCCUGACAGUGACCCCUCUCUUGCUCAUCUGUCUCUCCUACAUUUUCAUCCUGGCUGCCAUCUUUCGGGUUCCCUCUGCUUCAGGCCGGCGCAAAGCCUUCUCUACCUGCUCUGCACACCUUACAGUGGUGGUGAUAUUUUAUGGGACCAUCUACUUUAUGUACCUCAAGCCUAAGGCAAAGAAUCCCAAUGUGGAUAAGAUUACCACACUGUCUUAUGCAGUCAUGACACCUUCACUGAACCCCAUCAUCUACAGCCUAAGAAAUGCAGAGGUGAAAGCAGCUGUCACUUCUCUGCUUGGGGGAGUUCUGCGCACCAGGAAAUUAGCCAACUUUUACCGUUGCCCUCUGUCAGGAUAA